CUCCCACUAUAAAUCCUCAGGAACACCAUCCUUCCUCCACCAUCACCAAGCUUCUCCACAAUAAUCCAUCGCAAUAACCCAAUAAGCCCACUACCUCCGCACAGUCAAUCUCCCACAUUCUCCGCAGUCGGCAAUGGCGGGCGCAAGGAACAACGAGCUGCGCAUGACCCUGCUGGGCCUCGCCCUGCUUGGUAUGCUGCUGCUGAGCCACACCGCGGCCCCCGUUGAGGCCGCCGUGAGCGCGGGCGAGGACAGCUUCCCCGUCAACGGCGCCGGCGGGCGCUCGCUCAAAAGCUUCAGCAUGAACGGCGCCGAGGGCGAGAAGGGCAAAGGCGCCAAGCGCACCGAUGGCACCGGCGACUUCUGAUCUGAUCGAUAUCGGCCGCCGUCGAGCACUACUAAAUAAUCUGUUUGAUUAGCACACGUACGUACGCAUGGCCGUAUAUAUGGCUCGUGCGGCGGCGUGGAUUGCUACCAGACGCGCCGCAGGGAGCCAGCGCACGCUAGCUGCUUGCUGCCGCCCUGGUCGAUUAAAGAUUUAAAGUUUCUUUCGUAUUUGUUUGUGCUGUUUACUAGGAUGUGUAGAUGCAGUGCGUGUGCCUGCACCCAUCCCGUG